AUGACGGAUAACAGAGAGCCGAAACGGUUGAAAAAUCUUCUUUCAUGGUUUGUGAGGGAUCAAAGUAGUGGGAGUGGAAGUGGAAGUGGGAGAAAUGAGAUUAGAAGUGAGGUUGAGAGUAGAAAUGAAAAUGUUGGUUUAGUGAAUAAUAUUCUUUUAGAGUCUUCUCUAUCUAGUCCACUAGAAGAGUCUCCAUCUGUUCCAUUAGAAGAGGAUCAUAAUGAUAGAAUUGGGGAGCAAAACAAUAUUGAUUUCACUUCUCUUCAACGUGACCCAGGAUUAAGACAACCAAUAGGCCAAUAUUCUUUCAAAUUCUGUGAUAAUAUUCGGAGAGCUUAUGUUGUCUUAGGACCAUAUCAACCCUACUUAAGUAGUUAUCCAUCUUCUUGGGAUGGAGGGCAGGGUCGAAGAUUUUGUCACAAAUGGUUUAAAAAUUGGUCGUGGCUUGAGUAUUUUGUAGAGGUGGACAAAGCAUUUUUUUUUCCUUGUUUCCUAUUUGAUAGUUAUCCAUCCCACCAUCCGGCAUUCACUACGGAUGGGUUUAAUAGUUGGAAGAAUGUCAAUUUAAAGAAGUCAGGUCUUCUUAAGCAUGUGGGAGCCCUCAAUUCUCCACAUAAUGCUUGUAUGCGCCAAUGGGAAGUUCUAAGAAACCCGUCUAAGCACAUUGAGAGUGUGAUUAGUACUCAAUCAGCACAUGAAAAAAUAGAUAAUCGACUUCGGCUUGUUGCUGCUGUAGAGAGUGCAAGGUUGUUGGCACAUCAAGGAUGUGCUUUUAGAGGUCAUGAUGAGAGUAGUAAUUCAUCAAAUGGUGGCAAUUUCACUGCUGUACAAAAUGCUUUUGGGAGGAUGAAUUUAGAAGUAAAAAGAGUCUUGGAUAAUGCCCCUGGUAAUGCCAAGUAUACCUCUCCACUUAUUCAAAAACAAAUCAUAAAUAUACUUGGUAACAAAGUUAGGACCAAGAUUCGUGAUGAAGUGGGAACUUCCAAAUUUUGUAUACUUGUUGAUGAAGCUGUUGAUGUAUCUAAUAGGGAGCAAAUGACUAUCAUUCUUCGCUUUGUUGAUUGUCAUGGGUUUAUUAGAGAACGAUUUUUCAAGGUUAUUUGUGUUGGAGACACUUGUUCUCAAACUUUGAAAAAUGAGAUAUCCAAGGUGCUUGCUCAAUAUGAUCUUCAAAUAGAAAAUAUGAGGGGUCAAGGAUAUGAUGGUGCUAGUAACAUGCGAGGUCAGUUUAAUGGUUUACAAGCUUUGUUUAGAGAAGAAUGUAAAUAUGCAUAUUAUGUGCACUGUUUUGCUCAUCGCUUACAAUUGGCUUUGAUUGCCUCAUCUAGUGGAGUGCAUGAUGUUUGGCAAUUCUUUUAUUCUCUAAAUGUGAUUGUGAAUUUUGUUGACUCUUCUGCAAAACGUCAUUCAGCGUUAAGAGUUAUUAGAGAAGAGGAAAUUGCAGAUUUAGUGGCUGCAGGUAAACUUGAAACUGGUAUAGGGGCUAAUCAGACUACUAUUUUGCAACGGGCAGGGGCUACUCGUUGGGGUUCACAUUUUCGCUCUAUUUCAAGUUUGAUAAAAUUGUUUGGAGCCACCCAGAAAACUCUUGCAGAUUUGGUAAUUAAUGGACUUCCCAAAAUACAAGGAGAAGCAAAGAGUGUAGGUAAAGCUAUGAAGAAAUUUGAUUUUGUGUUUUGCUUGUUUUUGAUGCAUGAUAUCAUGAAGAUUACUGAUUUUCUUUGUCAGUCAUUGCAAAAAAAGGCCAUGGACAUCUUAAAUGCUCUAAGAGUUCUUUCUAUUGCAAAACAAAAGCUUCAAGCCAUGAGAGAUAAUGGUUGGGAUGAUUUGAUUUUGAGAAUAACAUCAUUUUGUUGUGAGCAUAAUAUCAUUGUUCCAGAUUUGUCUACUCCUUACAAGAAAGGUACAGAACGAGCUUGUCUAGAGGAUAUUACAAAAGAGCAUUAUUAUCGGAUCAAUAUACUUAAUGCUCUGAUAGAUGUUCAAUUGGCAGAGUUGGAGAGUAGAUUCCCAGAUCAGUCGUUGGAGCUCCUUACUCUUAGUUUUACAUUUGAUCCGCAUGAUAAUUUUCAGGCAUUCAAGCCUGAAGAUGUUUGCUCUCUUGCUUUGAGAUUUUACCCUAUGGAUUUUUCUGCAGGUGAUAUGCUUGCUCUAGAGAUGGAGUGUGGAUUUUUUCUAUCAGAUGUUCAGAGUGAUCUAAGAUUUGCAAAUACAACUUCUAUGUCUGAUUUAUGUCGGCGGAUGGAAGAUGACUUUCUUGAUGAUUUGAUGGUUCUCUAUAUUGAGAAAGAGUUUGUUGAUAGUGUUCACAAUGAUGAUGUAAUUGAAGAGUUUACAAAGUUAGGACCUCAGAGGGUAUCAUUCGGGCUGCAAUACGUUCCAGAACCAGGGGAAAUGGAGACAUAUCAAGCCCUUGAAGCUGAACAUAUAAAAGAGGUUCUUAACAAGGCAACUACUCCAACUAGUGCUGCUUGUGCAUCUACAUCCGCACCAAGUAUAUAUCUAUAUGCUGAAAAAUGGAAACUUUCGCGGAAAUAUCAAGGAAAUUAUGGAUAUUUCAGUCCUUGGGACGAAGGCAACGAGGAUUUGAUGAAGGAAAUGUUCUUGCUUAAAAAAGGAUCACGUUUAACAAGCACUCUAGUUCUCAAAAGCCAACUCAAAACAAUGUUCUAA